AUUUCUGCAGCGUCUUCUUGAAAUAUCUCGAGGAUACUGCUUGGCGGCGUGGUCUACAGUGCCCAUCUCUCUCUCAGAGUUAAGCUCAUCUUGGCUAAGCUGUCCGCAUAUCUAUUGCUUUCUCUAUAGCACAGUUAACCUUGCGCCUUCAAACGAAUGGUGAAAAAAGAGAGGGGGGAAGAAAAAAAACUCAUUGCUGAUCAAAGCUUAGAACAACCACUAAUUGAGAAUUCUACUAAUGGCCGUAUAUUUUGAUUACAAGAGAUCUAUUCUAUAUGAAUGGUAUUGUAAUUAUUAUGGCAAGUGUUUAUUCAUAUGUUCUAAGGCUUUAGGAAUGUGAGUUCUCUCAUAUUUCGUACCGGUCACCCCUAAAUUUUUGGGGUGUGACACUUGGUGUAUGAGCAUCAUCUGAAAGAUCAAAGUGAGAAGCAGAUAUGGAGAAAUUGGGAGAUAUCAUGUGGGAUAUUACAAAGUAUUUGUGUGGUUGCGCCAAACAAGAAGCUGGGCUUAUUUGUAAGUUGGAAGGGAAUCUGCAAUCUCUAGAAAGUAAAUGGAAAAAGCUUGAAGCUGUGAAGAAGGAUGUGGAAGCACAAAUUGAAGAAGUUGAGGGUAUCAGAGAGGGGCAAAGGACAUAUGAAGUCAGUGGUUGGCUCCAAAGUAUCCAAAACAUUCAAAAGGAAGUAGAAGAUAAUCUAUAUCAAGGAGUCCAAGAAAUCCAAAACAACUGCCUAAGUAAGUGUUGUCCCAAGAAUUGCAAGUCAAGCUACAAGUUGGGAAAGAAUGUUGCCAAGAUGCUCACUAAAGUAGAUGAUCUAACAGCCGAGGGACAAGGAUUUGUUAAGGGUUAUCCAAUUACGCGCAAGCCAUCGCGUAAAGGAAUUGGUCAAAUACCUCUUGAGGAGACUGUGGGGCAAGAUUUGAUAUUUGAUAAAGUAUGGAGUAGAAUUGAAGCAAAUAAUGUUGGUGUCAUAGGUUUAUAUGGGACUGGAGGGGUGGGAAAGACCACUUUAUUGAAGAAAAUUAGUAAUGAACUUGGGAAGAGAAAGCCUGAUUUUCUUGUGAUUUGGGUGGUAGUAUCCAAAGAGCGUAACUUGGAUGCAAUCAUGGAUACUAUAAGAAAAUCAAUAGGAAUUGGAGAUGUUGCUUGGAGUUCUUGCAAUAGUCGAGAAGAAAAUCUUCAAAGAUUUUGCAAGCGUUGGAGCGGAAAAAAUUUGUUUUAUUGCUGGAUGAUGUGUGGGAGAGAUUGGACUUGA